AUGUGGGACUCGUUGAUCGAGUUCAUUGGAGAUGAUCAACCAGCGCUCGUGAGUGGGGAUCUCAAUUGUGUAACGGCACCAGAGGAAAGGAAAAGGGACAGAGUGUCCACAGAAUACAAAAUGAAAGACCCUAUUGACACUUGUGCAUUGUUGGGUCUUUCAGACGUACCAUAUACUGGGUGCAAUUUCACCUGGACAAACGGUACAACAUUCAGCAAAAUUGAUCGAGUUCUUGCCAAUGCGGCAUGGCACGAUUCAAGAUUCCUGGCAUCCACUAUAUUUAGUCCCACUGGAGCACACUCGGACCAUUCCCCGGCAAUCACUACUCUUUUUGAAGAUAUAGUAUCAUUCCCGAAACCUUUCAAGUUCUUUAAUUUCUGGACUAACCAUGCAGGGUAUGGCCCCUUAGUGGAGGAAAAAUGGACGGAAAACUUUAGUGGCACGGCCCAAUAUAUCCUUGCCGGGAAAAGAAAGGCCUUCAAGCAGCACCUUAAGAACUUCAAUUUCAAAGAGACAAGCUUUAUCUCAAUUCGAGCAAAGAAUGCUACUGAUGAGCUCGAGAGGCUGCAGAUCCAACUUGAUGCAGACACUUCCAAUAGGGGAUUGCAGGCAAGGAUCAAAAUUCUAAAAUUAGAGGCAAAUUCUUGGGGUCUAUGGGAGAGGCAAGUCUUUAGCCAAAAAGCAAAACUGAAACAUUUGCUUCUCAGUGAUCGCAACACUUCAUUCUUCCACUCACUCGUCAACAAGAAUAUUGCCCUCAAUUACGUCGCCUUCGUGUGUGGGGACAAUGGCUAG